UGCUCCUACCACCCAGAUCUGCAUUUGAUUCCUCAAGGCCUUUCUUUUAUUCCCAGGAUGUUAGGAGGAAAGAUCACUUAAAGGCUUGAUAGAACAAACAAUUCUUUGUAUAUAAAAGGCUCUUUAAAACAGUGUGCUGGUGAACUGUGCAUCCUGAUUCUGAAGUUGAGCUGAAGUCCAUUUAACUGAAAUUCUGAAAAUUCCUCCUGGGUUUCAUCACAUUCUCUCAGGGGUUCCAUCAUUAAUAUCCUUAAUAUUACUUUAUUGCUAGUUUCCCAGUCCUUCAGGCCCUUAUCUAAGGGGCUGAUCCUGCAAGUCCUUACUCAGGCCCACCACCCACUGAAUUCAGUGGCACUAUUUCCUGAAUGCAGAGUCAGAGGCCCAUUGUGCUUACUAACCAACAGCAUCUGACUACCCACAUCCAUAAGUAACCAGUUGAUCCCUUUUAAACUGCUCUGUGUUAGAGAGAUCUGCAGUAUUCUUAUGUAGUUAGAUACUCUAUAUUCCAGCUCCGCCUUCAGAUGUGGUUGGGGGGGGUGGAAUGUUUCAAACAGUUGCUAUGGUCACACAGUAGCAUGCGGAGCUGCCGAGUAGCUGAGAACCUGCUGCAUCAGCUGCUACGUGGUUUCAUGUCUAACUGAGACAGACUGGAUUUGGAGGAUGAAGUCCAGCCUAAUGCAUUUGAUUCCUCCAGUGAGUAGGGACAGAAUAAUAUCCCACUUUCCCAAGUGGUACACCCCAGAGGCCUGUCUCCAGUUCAAAGACCACUUCCAUGCACUGGUCAGGAGUGCCUGUCAGCAACGCAACACUGGGACAGUUGGGCUAAAAAUAUCCAAAGUGGUUGUGGUAGGAGACCUCUAUGUUGGGAAAACCAGCCUCAUCAACAGGUUUUGUAAAGAUAUUUUUGACCGAGACUACAAGGCAACCAUUGGAGUGGAUUUUGAAAUUGAACGGUUUGAAAUAGCUGGAGUGCCAUAUAAUCUCCAGAUAUGGGACACAGCAGGUCAGGAAAAGUUCAAGUGCAUUGCAUCUGCUUACUACAGAGGAGCAGAGGUUAUUAUAACAGUGUUUGAUCUGGCUGAUAUCCAGACUUUGGAACACACAAAGCAGUGGCUAGAGGAUGCAUUGAGGGAGAAUGAGCCAGGGUCCAGCUUCAUCUUUCUGGUUGGAACAAAGAAAGAUUUAGUGUCAGGUGCCGCAUGUGAGCGGACAGAAUUGGAUGCCAUUCGCUUUGCCAAUGAGAUGCAAGCUGAAUACUGGUCUGUCUCAGCAAAAACAGGGGAAAAUGUAAAGGAGUUUUUUUCUCGAGUUGCUGCCUUGGCCUUUGAACAGUCUAUGCUGAAGGAGCUGGAGAAGAGCAGUGGUCGCAUGGCCCAGAUCGGGGCAGGAAACCUCAUCAAAAUAGAAGGAAAUUCACCAGAGACUCCAGAAAGCAACAGCCAAGCCAGCCUGAACUGCUGCUAGCUGCCAGUCAUUUCUGCAAGCAUCACACUUCCAUCUGCAUGUGCGUACAUCUGCAUGGUGCACCUGCAGCGGGGAAAGCUCUUAAGCAGCUUCCAUUUGAGAGAUGGAAAGUCAGUUUAUCUCAGAAAACAAUGGAGGAGCUGAAAAUGAUUCAAGCAACUUCCGUUCAGACAGAAGAUCUCUCUUCCACCCCUUGCUUUGUGCUCUCCUUGUGCAGGCGGCACAAUGGUACAUAAAUCUUCCCUGUGCAAUGGGGAGAUUGCUUGUGUGAUCACCUGAGGGAUGGCAGGCUGCCUUUACUCAAGGGGAUGAAAUCAACCAAACUUUUCCACCUGCUACCACGAGGA